UCUCCCAUCACUAGCUCUAGCGACACAACAACACUGCCUACGUUUAACCUUGUGCUUAAAUUCAGCAGUCGCCGUCCACAAUACAACGUCGACCAUUGUGCUCGAGUACAACCAAGAUGGCGACAGGGGCGGAGUCGUGGGUGUUGGGGCUCCUACUUCUCGUAGUCUCCUUACUUUACCUCCUCUACCGCUACGUGAGGAGUUCACGUCACUACUUCAAGACUCGAGGUAUUCCCUACUUGGAGCCUGGGCCAUUCUUACAGGAUAGGCACGAAGUCACCUCCAAGGCUGGGAGUGACCAAGCGGUGUUGCUGUACAACUACUUCCCCGGUGAACGAUACUUCGGGUACUUUCUGAACGGGCUACCCACUUUGGUUAUCAAGGAUACUGAACUGAUCCAUAGAAUAUCGGUGAAGGACUUCAUCCAUUUCGAAGACAACGGAUUCAAGCAUGUGUUCGGCUUCCUGGUAACUCAGAAUCUAUUUAAUCUUAAAGGCAAGACUUGGAGGUCCUUGAGGGCCAAACUGUCCCCAACUUUUACUUCGGGGAAGUUGAAACGCAUGUUCAACCAGUUAGAUAAAAGUUGCGAGCAUCUCGUGCAGACACUCGGGGAGUCCUGUGGUGAGCCUCUGGACACCAAGAAAAUAACCUCACGUUACGUUCUGGAGGUGAUCGCCAGCAUUGCUUUCGGCCUUGACUUGAGCAAGAACGCACAAAGCGCGGAGUUUGUCCAGAAUAGCACUUCUCUUUACGCUACUGGUUACCAAAUGACGCUCAUCCAAAUACUCGGCAUGGUCUCGUAUAAGUUGGUCAAUCUCUUGGGACUGAGUAUGUACAAGAGGGAAGUAGAACAUUACUUCCAGAAUCUGACGAAACAGACUAAAGAGUACAGAAGGAAGAACAAGAUUGAGAGAGACGACUACUUCCAAUUGCUACUGGCGCUUCAAGAAGAAGAGGAGAGUGGAAAGACACUGCUGGCGAAGUGGGACAAUGAGGACGACUCUCUUAUCAACAAGGCCAAUGGACUACCUCAACAGGCGAAGGGGAGUAAACUUCUGACGGACGAAUGCAUCACGGCCCAAGCUUUCGGAUUCCUGACGGGAGGCUCAGACUCGGUGGCGACGACGCUGAUGUGGGCGCUGUACCACAUCGCCAAGGACCCUGCGAUCCAGGCGAGGGCCGUGCAGGAAGCGGAGUCCUGCCUCUCGCAGAACGGCGGCUGGACGUUCCAAACUGUCAAGGAUAUGGUGUACUUGGACAUGGUAAUACAAGAGACUCUUCGACUCUACCCUGCUUCCCCGCUCAGCCUCAAGGAAUGUACCGUCCCUUAUCGCCUGCCAGGGUCGGACGCGAUCCUUGAGAAGGGCACUAUAGUUUUAAUACCGGUCACUGGUCUGCACAUGGAUCCCGAGAUCUACCCUGAUCCUCGGAAAUUCGAUCCGGAGAGAUUUGCUGACAACAACUACAAGCCCAGCGCAACCUACAGGCCUUUCGGUGACGGUCCUCGAAUUUGCCUCGCAAUGAGGCUUGCCAUCAUGGAGAUUAAGGUGUGUUUGGCCAGAGUCCUCACGCAGUUUUCGGUCAGUGUCGACAAGAAGACUCAGGAGCCUUUUGCGCUCGACCCCAUGUCCUUCCCCCCGAACCCCGUGGGCGGAGUAUGGCUCCGGUUUCACGAGAAGAAAGUGACACUCUGACGAGAAGAGACUUAAAGAGUUGAAGGCACGCACAUUCCUGCUGCUUACUAUUUAUAAUAUGUAACUACUAAUACGCUUGUUAUUGGUUAGCAACAAAACUAAGAUUGUAUUGUUCAAGAGGAUCAACAUCAGCAGGCACAAUUAUGAUGUGUAUUUAUUCCGCCACUGUUACAAUUCAAACUUAUUCAGCUUAUUUUACAUCAUCGCUUUAACUGUACAGCUUAAAUAUAAUAUUAAGUUUUAAAGGCAAAUGUAAAUUGUUUGUAGUUGAAGCUAUUAAACAAUUAUUGUGCUA